GAGCUCGGUCUUCCCCUUCCCUUCUAUCGCUCAUCAAAAAAGAUGUUAACUGCUGAGCACUGACUGACUGAACUUCUUAAUUCACCUGGACCGGAAACUCCCAUUUCUUUUCUCUUAUCCUCCUCACCUCAACACGGCCUGGCUCAAUAUUCAGCUUACUCAUCACCUUCAUCCCUACGAGUCCAUUCCGAUGCUGCCACCAUCCCAGCCCAAGACCAACAACAACCAACAACAACAACAACUGCCUCAGGACCGCUUGGGCAUCCUGCCUGAUGUGCUCUUCAAGAACAGAAGCUUGAACUCUUCCCGCCGGACCGAAAACGAGAGGAGAAUCGAACUGCUAUGGUCCUACUUGGCAGAUUGGGUCGUCGUCAUCUUGAUGGCCGUCAUCUUUGGCUUACUCGAUCGCCUACAUGGUCACCACAGAGAGUUCGAUCUCAAUGACCCAACGAUCCAGUUCUCACAUGCCGUACACGAGAGGAUCCCCGUCCCAUUCCUCGGGGUACUCGCCGUCGUCAUCCCUGCAGUCCUGAUCAUCAUAUGUAGUCAACUCCUCUUACGCUCAAGUUGGGACACUCAUAUCGGCCUGCUCGGGCUCGCCCUCUCUCUCUCCCUCUCACUGGUCGUUACCACCACCGUCAAAAUCACCGUCGGCCGUCCACGGCCAGACAUGCUAUCGCGUUGCCAGCCCAGCCCGACGGCCACCAACGCCGGCUUCCCGAGCUACGGCCUCAGCAACUCCUCCGUCUGCACCGCCCCAGUCGACAGUCGCGAGUUCCAGGACGGUUUCCGCAGCUUCCCUUCCGGCCAUUCGAGUACCGCCUGGGCCGGAUUAGGCUUCCUGUCCCUCUACUUGGCUGGCAAAUUACAUCUCUUCGACCGGCGUGGUCACUCCCUCAAAGUUUGGAUCUCGAUUGCUCCUCUACUCGGGGCCGCUUUGAUUGCAAUCUCUCGGACGAUGGACAACAGACAUCACUGGCAGGAUGUGCUUAUCGGCUCAGCCUUAGGAGCUCUGACUGCGUGGUUUGGCUACCGAUUUUACUACCCAGAUCUUUCGUCGCAAAACUCCCAUCGGCCGUAUUCGCCCAGGAUUCCUUCCCUCAACGCUUUCACUGGAUCUGAGGAAGAAGACGAAAACCAAUCAGAGCAUUCACAUAGCUCAUUCAGUGGGGACGUUGAGAACCAGCUGAUCCAAGCUCAUCAUCCCAAACCAAUCAGCUUGCGCUCCCCUCAACAUCAUCCUCCGAAACCUGAAGCCACCGACGAUAUCUCCUUGGUCUCUCGCUACUCUACUCCCACCGAACCUCGCGAUCAACAGCCUCCCAAGCUGGAAUAAGCAGAAGAAUCCCUGGCACACCUUCCCCUUAUCAUAUCUGACAUCAUUAUUUUUUUUAUUGGACAUCAAACCUCGCUUGGAUUAAAAAAUCUGUGAAAUUUUAUGUCUUGCGGAUCCCUGCAUCAAAACUCCUACCUAUUUCAAACCCUCUAUUUGUUAAGCUAUCGAUUUUUUAUCUUCAUUUUUUUUUCCACUAAAAAAAUGUGUAUCUAUAGAAUCCAGGAGAGAAUAGCAUUCAUCUGAAUCUUGUCAUCAAAACUUGCUACCCAGCUCAUGUAACUAAUCUAUUCUGU